AUCAGAAGGAAUUAUUUUUAUUAUCCAAUGGUUGCUCACAAUGUGAAGAGCUUUGAUUCAUGUCAGUAAAUUAAAAGUGUUCUACAAAUGCAAUGUAUUAUGUAUAGCAAACAAAAGGUAUAGGCCAAUCUUUGACACAGCAAUAACCAAUAGGCUCAAUUAAUUAAAUAUUCAAUUCCAUCUAAGCUUUGGUUAUGUUGAUCAUACUUAAUUCUCUACCAUGUAUAAAAUAAUCAAUAAUAUGACUUUAUUUUUUAUUGUAAAAUAGAUCAUAUGUCCUAUAGUGACCCCAGGAACAGCACCAAUAUUAGUUUACUAUGGUUCUACAGUAUUUCCAAUAUAUGCAUCGAUUUUCUUACAUAGCUGUCAAGUGAAUAAUGAGAGAUAACCAAUGACUAACUGUCACUAACAUGAUCUGCAUACCCAUGCAAACUGCUGAACAAAUAACCAUCCUGUCAAUUCAUCUCUUAGCAUGCAGCGACACAAUGGAGUCAACCAUGCUGAACAAUUGCUGAGCCUAUAGUUAUGGUUCUCUGAAUGAGGAGGACCAACCGGGUGGCUUAGUGAAUACCCACCGCUGACUGCUCUGCUCUGGAUAUAGGCUUCAAGCUAAAGAAGAAGUAUAACCUCUAAUGGCGUGCUUUAAAUCAAUCUAUGAUUUCAGCGCUGAGACCUUGAACGGUCAGAGCGUUCCUCUCAGUAUCUACAGGGGCAAGGUGCUCCUCAUUGUCAACCUGGCCACCUUCUGAGGGUCAACGAUAGAGGAGUACCACAGAAUGAAUGCACUCAUGGAAAUGUUUGGUGACCUCAACUUCACUGUCCUGGGAUUCCCCUGCAAUCAGUUUGGUCUUCAGGCACCUGAGGUAAAUCAUGAAACCCUCAACCUUCUCAAGUAUGUAAGGCCAGGUGGGGGGUUUGUCCCCAAGUUCCCUGUGUUUGGCAAGAUCGAGGUCAAUGGGUUGAAUGAAGAACCUCUUUUCGCCUAUCUCAAGGAGUCUUUGCCCUAUGUGAACCCUGUCAUAGGAGAUAUAAAGAAGUUCUACUGGUCACCCAUCAAAGUCAAUGACAUUCGCUGGAACUUUGAGAAGUUUCUAAUCGAUUCUGAUGGGGCGCCUUUCAGGCGUUAUGAACUUCAUGGCCCUACUGAGAAAGUGGAAAAAGACAUUGCAGGCCUACUAUAAAUGGAGUCAUCUGUUCCCUUUAUGGCUGUCAAGAAAGUGGGUCCUUCAUCAGCAGAGGCAGAGUGACGAUCCCUCAGUAAAUGCAGACUAAACGCAGCUGAGCUGGAUCUGAUGGAGAAGGGAGAAGGACUCUGAGUUUCAGUGUAUUCACUCAGAAUAUCAGAUCCCUCAGCCCCUGUUGGUGACCAGUAGGCAUAUCACUAUGGUCUCAAUAUAACUAACUACUCCCUUUUGUUAUUGUUGCAAAACAGAGGAAGUCAAUAAAUCUUUUGGCUGAAAUCUUAAAA